AUGGAGCAGAGGCUGACGCGGGUGCUCACCUUCCUAUUCGAGGAAUCGGUGGCUAAGCAACACCACAACCACAACCACGACAUCCGCGCCUAUCUCCGCCACGCCGACACUUGGCACCAGCUACAGACCUUCCGCGCCUUGCUGUGCCAGCGCCCAGCCGCCCCGCCCCUGCCGCCCCAGCUUCUAGAAGACAUCGACUGCAUCCUCAACCAUCAGCUCCGCCGCCGCAUCCUUGUACCUGCCUCUUCGAUCCCGCCGCUCUGCCGGGUUCCCUCGGAUGGCCCCUCCGCCGUCAACAUCUCUCUCUGGAGAGGCGACAUCACUGCACUCGACCAAGUCACCGCCAUCGUAAAUGCUGCAAACUCGGCCCUCCUCGGCUGCUUCCAGCCCUCUCAUCGCUGCAUCGACAAUGUAAUUCACUCGGCUGCCGGCCCGCGCCUUCGUACCGAGUGCAACCGGCUUAUGGCGCACCAAGGCCGCCCCGAGCCUGUUGGAUCAGCCAAGGUCACGCCAGCAUACUGCGCCGCCGCCAAAUUUGUCUUGCACACCGUCGGGCCCCAGCUGCCCCCGGGCGAGCUUCCCACCGACCACGACAAACAGCUACUGGCGAGCUGCUACAAGUCUUGCCUCGACGAGGCUGAAGACCUCCCCCCUCUUCCAGACGGCCGUCUUGUUGUAGCUUUUCCUUGCAUCUCCACCGGUCUCUUCUGCUUCCCCGGCCGACUUGCCGCCCAGAUUGCUGUCGAUGCUGUAAUUAGCUGGUGCAAAAGUCAUCCAGACACACCUGUAACACAUAUCAUUUUUGACGUCUUCCUCGAAAAAGACGAGGACUACUAUCGUAAAAUUCUCGGAGACGCUAUUGCCGCAGGUACAGUAACCAGCUUCGUCGACGAAGUGCCAGCCAGUCUGCCCACCGUCCCUUCCAUCACCGAGACUGCACGCAGCUGGUUGUUCCAAGCAGAUUAUCUCUUGAUAACCGCCGGUGCCGGCCUGAGCGCUGCUGCUGGUCUCGAUUUUACCUCGCAGUCGCUCUUCCAAAAGCACUUUCCAGCAUUCCGCCGCCUUGGCUUGCACCGCCUCUACGACACCUUCGGCUUCGACGAGUGGCCUUCAAAAAUGCACAAAUGGGCUUUCUACUUCACUCAGCUGCAGCUGACGCGCACAUGGCCCGCCUCACCGCUCUACGCAUCCCUGCUCGAUCUCGCCACCACCCAUUUCGCCGACCGUUUCUUUGUGCGCACCUCCAACGCCGAUGGCUUCUUUCCCGCCAACGGCUUCCCGGAAGAGCGCUUUUCCUCGCCUCAGGGUGCCUUCAGGUACCUGCAAUGCCUUCGAAACUGCCGCCCGGAUGCAUAUUUCCGCUCAAAGCCGUACCUCGAUGCCGCCCUGCCUCUUAUAGACCCUCACGCUCAAGUCCUGACCGACGAGACUAAGAUUCCCGUCUGUGAAUACUGCGGCGGCGAGGUUUUCCUCUGCGUUCGUGCAGGUGAUUGGUUCAACGAGCGCCCUUUUCAGAGGGGAGAGGAGCAAUACCAAGAUUUCUUGGACGAGGUGGAACGUGAAGGGAAGACGCUAGCCAUUCUCGAGUUGGGUGUAGGCAUGAACACGCCCGGUGUAUUGAGAUGGCCAAAUGAAGAAUUGGUUCGCUGGGGCGAGGGGAAGGUUAAACUGAUAAGGGGUGGUGAGCAGGCCUCCGGUCUUGUCGACUUCGACCUAGAAGCUGAAGGCAAUGCCAUCGGUAUCGACGGGAAAAUCGACGAUAUUCUAGUCGCUCUUCUUAGAAAAACUUAG